GACACACGCGUGUUGUACACACAGCGCCUCCUAGUGGUCAUGAUAAAGGGCGUUAAUCGGUGUCAUAAACUUGGACGAUUUAUGUGUUUGUUUAUUUUUCAACAACGUACAACGUACCAAAGAAUUUUUUUUUUUUGGAUUUUCAUUAUGAGCUAGAGGAAAAGUCUCGGGCGACAAUGGCGAUGAGAAAUUUGGUGGAUGGGGAGUGUGGUGGGACCAACUCCCUGAUGAAACUGACUUCCCACUACACACAGGACCAAGCAAGAAGACAGGAGGGAUUUCUUCAUGGAAGAGGUCAACAAGGCCCUGUGUCGGGUCGGCCACUCCAUGAAGCAACAGAGCGUGAGUUGGUGGAUGAAUUCCUGACAGGACAAAGAAUAAAUAUGGCACCACAGACAUUUCACAUGGGAGGUCUUCUCCAGGAAAUGAGAGAAAUAGAAGAGCAGGAAUAUAAACAUGCCCCACAAAGAGCCCCAGGUAUUCUUGAGUUAGCAUCCAAUGAAAAAUGGGCAGAUGAGUUCCUGACAACAGCGAAAGAACCUAUGGGGCCUGAUUGGUCAGGAGAGUUCCUAGAUCAGAAGUCAGGUCAUGGACCACCUCACCCUGCGGGGGAGCUGAGAUGGGCGGAGGAGUACCUGGAUCACACAGAGCACCGGCCAUGGACAGAGGAGUAUGAUAAGGAGGUGUUGGAUGAUACAAAAUGGAUAGAUGAAUACUCUACCCAGGAUGAUGAUCUUGCCAAAACUGCUAAAGAUUUUUUAAGUAAUGUCACUGACCCAAAAUUGGCCAACUCUGAGUUUCUGAAGUUUGUGAAGAAAAUUGGGGAUGGGGAAAUUGUUAUCAAAGAUAAUGAAGUGAUAGAGAGAUCCCCUGAUGACAAAGCAGAAGCCUGGGCCCAGGAAUUCUCUCAUGCCCCCCAGUUGGAACCUGGGCACUCACUUGUUGAUAAAUGGGAGGAGGAGUUUGCUGAAAUGACAGGAAACCGUGAAACUUCAGAUGAGGAAUUCUGGGAAAAAUUACAGAAACAUUGGGAAGAUGUAGACAAGACAAGAGAUGAUGGUCAUCCUUGGUUGACAGAGUUUGAGGAAUCAGACCCUUAUAAGGUUUAUGAAUUUGAAGAUGAGAAUCCAUUAAUUGAUCACCCUGAUCCAUUCCAAGCUGGUCUUGAUAAACUCAAAGAGGGAGACAUUCCAAACGCUGUGCUUCUGUUUGAAGCAGCAGUGCAGAAGGAUAGUCAACAUGCACAGGCCUGGCAGUACUUGGGCACAACACAGGCCGAAAACGAGCAGGAACCAGCAGCAAUAGCUGCACUUAAGAAGUGCUUGGAGCUGGACAGCAAUAAUUUGAUGGCCCUGAUGUCUCUGGCCACCAGCUACACCAACGAAUCCCUGGCAGCUCAUGCAUGUCACGUACUCAAAUCCUGGCUCAAGAAGAACCCGGCCUAUGCCCACUUGGUUCCUGGAGAACUGAGUGCAGCACCAAAAAUUACCUCUUAUAUCUCAAGCACUGAGCACACAGAAGUGAAAGACCUCUUUAUCGAAGCUGCACGACUGAUGAAAAAUGGUGAAAUUGAUGCUGAUGUACAGAGUGGGUUGGGAGUAUUAUUUAACUUGAGUGGAGAGUAUGACAAAGCUGUGGAUUGCUUCUCAGCAGCACUUCAGGUCAAACCUCAGGAUGCCUUGUUGUGGAACAAACUUGGCGCCACUCUAGCAAAUGGUAACCGCAGUGAGGAGGCUGUGGAGGCCUACCACCACGCCCUGCAGAUCUCCCCAGGAUAUAUCCGCUCGCGGUACAACCUGGGCAUUGCUUGCAUCAACCUUGGUGUUCAUAAAGAAGCAGUGGAGCACUUCCUGACAGCAUUGAAUAUGCAGCGGAAAAGUCAACAAGGAAUGAAAGAUCCACAAGUUGUUAUGUCCAAGAACAUUUGGAGCACACUGCGAAUGGCGGUAUCAUUGUUAGGGAGACCAGACCUGUAUGACGCCUGUGAUAAUCAAGACUUAGACAGACUUAAUUCAGAGUUUGGCAUGAAUUCCUGAUACAGGUCUCCAUGUGGGAACCAGUUUACUCCAGGAUCAGGAACCAAUCCCACUCUGUCUGCCCACCUAUCACCCACAGGCACAGAGCCACGUAGCACCUCAUCCCCACGGUAUGACUUUGAUGAUGCCUUGCCGGGAUGUUUGAGGAUGAUGUUGUUUGAUUAGUGAUUAUACUGAUAUUAUGCUAAACAAUGGUAAUUAUCAUGGCAUAGAAGAUUUUAAUGGAUGCUCAUAUUUUAUGUACCAUAUUACAUGAAUGUUCUAAAUAUCAUGUAUGAAAUUUUUUUACAUUGAUUUAAGGAGAGCAUUUGAUACUAUUACAUGUGUACUUUUCUGUGAUACUCUCUUCCAAGAGGAAAAAAAAUUGAAAUAAAUAAGUGAUUUUAAUAUAA